CGCAAGGCAGACAAACUGACUCAAGCUCACCAUAAGCGUGGUCUUCAUCCUUUCGAACUGAGACGCAAAGGAUCGCACGAUGGCCGCAGAACGCUUUGUGAUGAGCGCCCGCAUCGUCGGAGGCGUCCGCAGGGACGAGCCGAAACUCAAGACCUACAUGGUAUCCGUGUUGUGGUCUGAUCAGGCUGAAGUGAUCAUCUACAGGUCCUUCCGGGAUUUCAAGAAUUUUCACGGACAGCUAAAGAAGAAGUUCCCUACCAUGAAUUCUCUUCAGAAAGACGAAAGAGUGAUCCCAAAGUUUAGAGGGGGAGCCAUAAAGAGCAGCCUCAACAAGACAGGCCCCAAGAAGGAUAUCCUACGGAUGAAGUUCCUGGAGAGCUACUGUGACAAACUGUUGAAGUGCAGCGACUCUGUGAUCCAGAGCACAGAGGUCGUGCAGUUCUUCUUGCCCAAAGACCACGACCUGCAGCCGGAGUUCACCAAGAACACCGUCAUGAUCCUGAUGUCUGACGAUUUGCCUGAUGGGCCAGAAAAAAGAAGCGCGAGUUUUACACACCACCCGACAGGCGUCAUCACCAAGCCUUUUGUGACCCAGACCUACCAAUGCCUGGCCGCGUAUGAGACGAAGGACACCAAGAAUCGCCCAUUCAAGGUCGCUGUCAACGAGAAGCUGGAUGUCUUGAUCAAAGACCCUGCAGGCUGGUGGCUGGUGGAGAACGAGGAGAAGCGCCUGGCUUGGUUCCCUGCUCCCUUCCUGGAGCUAUCAGAGGAAGAGGACGAAAAUGACUAUGAGUGCCUAUCAGAAGGUUCUUUGUACUGUGCCGUGAGGAGUUACUCAACGACGAAGGACGAUGAGAUAUCGGUGACCAUUGGCACUGUAGUGGAGGUGCUGAGGAAGUCUGAUAACGGCUGGUGGCUCAUCAGAUGCAAUGGCAAGGCAGGUUACAUCCCUACCAUGUACCUGCAGCCGUACAACAACCCACGUGUUGCUAUUUACAGCCUGCAGAGAAGGCUCCAUGGCUCCUCUCUGAACCUGGCGUCCAGCAGAUCUUCUCAGAUUUCACAUCAGCCCAGCAUCAAUAGAGCACAGCAGGAUUCUCCAGGUCCUUCCAGCUAUGAGCCCCGUGGCCCCAGGCGUCUCCACAAGACCCGAUCCCUAGAUGUCCUCUCUGACUCCUGGGUGCAGACACAGGCAGAGGAGGGUGCAUCAGCGGACAGCCGCCUGCGCAGCAUGAGCAACAUCAGUCACGAGUCCACCUUCUCCAGCUUCUCUUCAGGCAGUGAGUCUUCCUCGAGUUUAAAAGAGGAUCCGCAGGGGGACGCGGAUCAUCCGCAGCAGUCUGAUGCCAGUGACAGUCCCCAGAGCAGCCCUGAUCUCAGCCACGUAGACCGCAAACGCUCCAGCAAGAGCUCCCGUAGUUCAGGGUCUGCCAGUUCCAAGGGCAGUGAGGUGGCCUCAGUCACUCCCAAGGUACCGCCGAGACCCAAGACUGAGGAGAUCCUGAACCGCUGCACCACCAUGACCCGUAAGGCAGCCCUGUCCACUAAGACCAGGCUUCAGGCUCAGUCACUGUCAAUUCACAGCCGCUAGUCAAAGUAGAAAGCUACACUACAGAUCCUGGAUGAGAUUGUGUGCUGUCAAUCGUCUCAAUCACUUGGACUAUUUUUAAUUUGGUACAUGCAAAUUCAGCUUUAACCUCUCAAGCACAGUCAUAUGUGUUUUGUGAAGCAUUGUUAUCCUUUUACUUUAAAUUCUUCUCAGCUGAAAUGGAAGAGUAAGCAAUUUUAAAGUUUAACUGUAAAAGUAUAGGAAUAAAGUAGCUUCAAUGAAGCACUAAAAGAAGAAAUGUAUGCGGCUUACAGUCGUAUGGAUGUAGAAGAUAUAGAAGAUAUUUUUUGUAGUUAUGUCGCAUAAGCGAAAUUUUUAAACGGAUUGUUGGUGUUGAAGACAUUAGAAUCUACAUUUAUUUUCAAUAUUAUUGCAGUUUUAGAAUGUAGAAAUUAAGGCUGUAGCUCUUAUCUGCUUUAUCAUUGACAGUUUUGUGUUACAGUAGAUUUAAAGGCACUCAUCAUGUGUAAACAGUUCCUCCGAAUGUAAAUGAGUUCAUGGCCGCCAUCAGGUCUUCCUCCUGCUAUGUAGCUGCAGGAGCUGCCAAGGGCAAACAGUCAUAACAGCAUCAGAAAAUAGGUCAGCAAACAGAUUGCAUUGGUCUUGAAUUGAUCAGCUGCCAAACUGCAGCAGCAGAAGUGUGAUGGGCCUGGUAUACAAGCUCAUGAGUGUACUGCCAGAACAUGUUUGUGUUUGUUGAAACCCUUGUUUUGCUGUUGUGUAUGAUAUGAAUUUGAUGUUUAUGUAAAAGGCGUCCUGCAUUAUCACCUGUAUGAUUUCAGUUGAGCGUUGUGUCAAUAAAGUACAAUUUGCACCUAA